UUGCUAGACCAAGUUUUCAUGCUAUUUUUAGAUGUGAAAAUCAAUUUCAAAAACUUUUAAAAGAUUUUAGUAAGCCAGGAGAUUUGUUGAAAAUAAAAUACAUCAAAUCUCCUAAAUUAUUGCAUGUUGAUUUAUCACCUGAAGUGUUAGAAGCAUGGCAACAAGCACCAAAUCGUGUUAAGACUGAAUAUAAAAAGCUUGCAGAAGAUAUAGAAAAAGGUGAAGA